AUGGCAGUGAGCAGGAAUUGGCUAGUGACAGGACUCAUCGUCAUUUUGGCAUUCAUCCAUUUCAGUCUGGGAAUUGUGUUCACCGUCGAGGCGUUUCUUCUUCAAGAGUUCUCUCGGUAUACCCAAUUGACAUGGAUUACGUGCACUGGUCUUGGAUCUGCUGCCGCUGCUGAUCUUCUCAUCGCUAUCUCGAUGUGCUACUAUCUUUUUCGCAGUCGAACGGGUUUCCAGAAAACGGAUUCAAUGAUCACUACGCUCAUGUUGUAUUCAAUCAAUACUGGAUUAAUCACGAGUAUCGUGGCAACGGGCGCUGUCAUCGCAUUCGCAACGAUGCCUCUCAAUUUUAUAUGGCUCGGAUUUUUCUGGGUGCUAGGAAAGUGUUAUGUGAAUUCUCUUCUCGCAAGCCUGAACGGCAGGGAAUCCUUGCGCGAACGGUCACAUGUUGAUCCGAGCAGCUUUCUGCAGUUAUCGACCAUACGGCGCGAUGACGAGCUUCCCGGUCCUCGAUCCCGUGUCUCUACCAUCAUUCGCAGGCCGGCGCCGACCCUUUCAGUGACAGUGGAAACCACGACGGAGUAUAAAAGCGACUUUUUGAAUUCGCCAGUCACUCCUAGCUUAGUCUCCACCACUUUUCCAGACACGGCGAGCGAUCCGGACAAGCUCAAAGGCAGUGAUUCCACCCCCAGCCUCGUUCCUCUUGUACCUCGCCCUGUGCGGCAUCGCACCCUCCUGUAA